AAGACAAAAAAUGGAGGUGUGGCUGAAGACUUUUACACAAUAGUGCUUUUAGUAGCUUUUCACUGGAGUUCAGAUCAACUUUGCGGUACAGUGCCAUUUGUGAGACACCAGACAGACUAAUGAGGCUGGAAAACUGAGAAAAACUGUUGGGACAGAUGAAACCAAGGUUAACUUUGCCCAGAAUGAUAUGAAGAGAAGUCGUGCUGCUCUCAGUUCGUAGACCACACAACCUGCCUUUUGUUUUACUGGAAAACACUGAAGCUACAGCCUGUGUGCAAACCUGAAAUACUGUUUUCAUCAGCUAACAUGUAGGUUUUUCUGUGUGCAGAAAGUGGGCUUCUUUAACCAGCAGUAUGCAGAUCAGCUUAACAUGGAGGAAACAGCCACUGAGUACUUGAUGAGGAACUUCAAUCUUCCCUACCAGGAUGGCAGGAAGUGCCUGGGACGUUUUGGCCUCGAGAGCCACGCCCACACCAUUCAGAUCUCCAAACUCUCUGGUGGUCAGAAAGCCAGAGUCGUGUUUGCUGAGCUGGCCUGUCGUCAGCCUGACGUGCUGAUCUUGGACGAACCUACCAACAACUUGGACAUUGAGUCAAUCGAUGCUUUAUCAGAGGCCAUCAAUGAAUACAAAGGAGGUGAGACUGGCUGCUGAUCAGUUCAGUAGGGACGACUAUUCUUACUGCUUCAGUGCUCACAUAAUUCACACAUCUA